AUGCGUAUCUUGUCUUCCGUCCUCGCUGUGGCGAAUAUACUCACCCUCUCAACGGGCAGAGUCAUUCCUCGCCAAGAUGGGAACUCUUACGUUGGCUACCUCCUUUCUACCUUUAGCGACGCGAAUCCCUCGGUAUUUUGGUAUCUUUCCGAAGGGUCUGAUCCGUUAGCCUUCAAAGCCCUUAAUGGAGGAAGUCCAGUAUUGGAAUCAACUGUUGGCACACGAGCAGUGCGGGAUGUUUUUCUGGCUUCCAAUGCUGCCAGGUCUGAGUAUUUCAUUAUUGCGACCGACUUGGAUAUCAACGCCGAGGGCUUUUCCUGGGAUGAAGCAACAAGACGCGGUAGCCGUGGGCUUACUAUCUGGAAGUCAGAUAAUCUUGUAGAUUGGUCUGAACCUACAUUGACAACGAUUGAGGAGGACACCGCCGGCAUGGCCUGGGCACCUUCCGCUGUCUGGAAUGAUGAUGAGCAGCAAUACUAUCUCUUCUGGGCGUCACGACUUUAUGAUCCUAGCGACUCCGAUCACACCGGCACUGCUGGUUUGGAUCGGAUUCGCUAUUCAACCACCAAAGACUUUGUGACCUUCAGCUCUCCGGCUGAUUACGUCGCUCUGGAUGGAAUCCCUCUAAUUGACCAAGAAUUCCUAGAGCUCGGCACACCCGGAGCCUACGCUCAAACCACAACAGGUGGGCUGUUUGGCGAAUGGACCCGCAUUCCCGGCUAUAUUGGCGAUAAUCCGUUGUCCGAAGGGCCAGCUUCGUUCCCUGAUAUCGAAAACUCCGAACUUUACCAUCUGUUCCUUGACAACUAUGAGGAGUACGUGCCGUUCCAGACAAGCGACAUCAACGCGGGUUCUUGGGAGAAAUCAAGUACUGUUUCUCUCCCCUCGGGUUUGAAACAUGGUUCUGUUUUGCUGUUAACGCAGUCGGAGUAUGAUACUAUUACUUCUAAGUAUGCGACGAAUUAGGCGGCAUAACUUGAUUGAGA